AUGGCCGAUCGCUUUCCCAGCAUCGACGACCUUGACCUCGGAGAUAACCCGCCUAGCACAGCUCCAGCAGAAGGAAGCUUUCUCGAUCGCGAGCGCGCCGCUCUGGGAGAAGACGCAGACCAGUUUGCUACGGAGCAAGACCGAACCACAACCUCUGCAACUGUUCAGGACGGUGAGGACGACCUACUAGGUGAAAAUGUAUCUUUUCGCGAAAUACAGCCUGAAGCUGCUACGACUCAGGAAGAUCUUGAAUUUGAGAACUCAUAUCCAGCUAUUGACACUCAAAAUCAAGCUGUUGCGCCAGAUGGAAAGAUCACAGGCGGGUCUGGCAUACUGGAAACCUCUGGUUACAAGAACUACACCCCCUUUUCGAACGAAGAAGAAUCAGAACCGAUUCGAAAAUGGCGCGAGAGACGUGAGGCCGACAUCUCCCGCCGCGAUGCCGCCUCCGCUGCAAGAAAAGAAGAGAUAAUCGCCAAAGCCCGCCGCGACAUUGACGACUUUUACGAAUCCUACAAUCGCAAGACCGACAAACAGAAAGCCGAAACAGCCCGUCAAGCCGCUGAAUUCAUUAAGAACCGCGAGGAUACCACAGCAGGAGGGACGAGUUGGGAGAGGAUCGCGAAACUGGCAGAUCUGAGCGGGAAGGGUCAGGGUGGCGGUGGAGAGGGGAGCACGAAGAAGAGGAUGAGAGAGUUAUUGCUCGAGCUGAAGAAUGAUCCAAACGCGCCGGGUGCUGGAGGGGCUUAG